UCGGGCCUCAAGCCAGUCAAGCGUGUGUACAUACUAGAGAGAGAAUGGCUGAGAACUGAAGCUUUUACCAAUAGUUCCAGUAACUCUAUCACUCUACCAACCAAGAAACGCAUCAACCAAACCAAACCAAACCCAACAAAACCCUCUCUUACAACAAAUCCAAAACAUCCUAAAAGUUUAAGAAAUGCAAACGGCAACGAGAGCAGAAGCCGAACGUCUACUCGGGAUCGCAGAAAAGCUCCUGCACACCCGCGAUCUCAACGGCUCCCGCGAAUUCGCCAUCCUCGCCCAAGAAACCGAACCUCUUCUAGAAGGUUCCGACCAGAUCCUCGCCAUCGUCGACGUCCUCUUAGCCGCUGAUAACCGUCCAAACGCCGCCACCAGCCACCCCCACCACCACCAACUCGAUUGGUACGGCAUCCUCCAGGUGGACCGCCGCACCAACGACCUCGACCUCAUCAAGCGCAACUACCGCCGCCUCGCUCUCCUCCUCCACCCUGACAAGAGCCGCUUUGCGUACGCCGACCACGCCUUUAAGCUCGUCGCCGACGCCUGGGCGGUGCUCUCGGACCCAAUCAAGAAGUCCAACUACGACAAGGAGCUCUCUUUCUUCUCCCGAGUCGACCUCUCCGUUCCCGGCUGGGUCCAGCAAGACAAGCUCCCGGUCCGUAGAACGGGACCUGGGCCUGGUCCAGGGCCAGGCCCAAGCGCCAGGACAAAUAAUAACAGUAACACCAUAAGCUUCGACGGGAUGAAUAUCAGCAUGACUAAUAACACGCCUGCGUCCGCCGCGAGGAACGAGAUUGCGGUGGACGAGAAUUCGAACCCGAGGCAGCGGCAGGGGCAAAACAGAUCGGGAAAUUUCUGGACCGCGUGUCCGUACUGCUAUAGGUUGUAUGAGUACCCUAGGGUUUACGAGGGAUGCUGCUUGAGGUGCCAGAAUUGUGACAGGUCCUUCCAUGGGAUCUCGAUUCCUUCGCUGCCCCCACUGGUGCCGGGGCAGGAUGCCUAUUACUGCUGCUGGGGGUUCUUUCCGAUGGGGUUUGUGGUUGGGAAUGUGGGAUCUGCGGAGAAAGAGCCUGCGCCGGCGCCGGUUCCAGUCACGGUUGCAGCUCCACAGUCUGCGUCGUCACUUCCGAAUUGGAUGCCUGCCGCGGCUGUUCAGGAGAAUGGGGGAAAUGUUUCUGUGCCGGUUGCAGCGCCGACGCCUGCUAGGGUGGCUGCCAGAGGAAGUAUUUCGAAUGGAGUUGCUGGAUCUGGGCCGAGGAAGCGAGGAAGGCCUCGGAAGUAUCCGUUGCAGUCAUGAUCCGUGGCGAUUUAGGGUUUUGGUAGGGGCUGAGGAGCUUGUUGGAGUUGAAAGUGUAAUUUUGUUGAAUAUGAAGUGUUCCAUUGAAGAUCAGAGAAGAUGUGAAGCUGGUGCUGAGUGCCGAGGUGAUAAGUAGCGCUCUUUUUUUUUUUUUUUUGUUCUUGUUUGUAGAUAUUGUUUUAACUUAUUGUCUCAAUUGCCUCGUGAUUGUUGUAAUUUGGCUCUGUGAUAUAUCUAUUAUGGAGUUGGAUUUACUUGGCUGUUGGGGAGGAGAACGAUUUCGCAGUUUGGUGUAGUUGAAAUUCCAUUGACAUGGCCUUGGCAGCCAAUUUUCCUAAAUGUGGAAACAUUCUUAUAGAAGUGCUGUCAUUGUAUUUUUCUUG